AUGGUGCGGCAGCCACCGCCGCCUCGACUACCAAAGGCUACCAGCAAAGAAGAAGGGAGCGCUCAGGUUGCACCCUUCAAAUUCCUGCUUCCACGACGAGAUGACCAGAUUAUUGGUGGCCGGAGGUGUAGAAGGAAGAAGCCAACUUCAGACAUAGACUCUCUACCCGAUGAGUUGUUGAUGGAAGUUCUUGCUCACAUCCCAGGCCAAGAUAUUUAUGGGGCAAGGCUUGUUUGCCGCAAAUGGUACAAUAUCAUUCACACCCGUGAUUUCAUGCGCUUCUACUUACAGCACGCCACUUAUGGACUCCUAUUCAAAGAGAAUCAGCUAAAGGAUAUGGAUAAUCUGUAUGUCAUGAAUCCCACAACGGGCCAAGUCGUUCUUCUCCCUCCACGUGUCAAGCGUGUCCAAACUGGAUUUCAUGCAAUUGGGUAUGUACCGGCUUCCAUGGAGUAUAAAGCGGUUAUCUUUUGGCCUGAGAGUGCAAUAUACGAAAAGAGUUGGUGUUAUAUAUUAAACGUUGGAGUUGAUAAAUCAUGGAGGAAAGUUGAAUUUGAGUCGACAACGCCAUUGGGGUGGCAUCAGUUGAUGAUUUCUGAAGGUUUCAUGCAUUGGUCUCACUACACUGCCAACCAAGUCUUGACUCUGAAUCUGGAGACCGAAACUUUUACAGAGACCCCUGGCCCUAACCCUGUAACUCGAACUGGGAAUGUAAACAAUAUUUACCUGUCGACUGGAAGGUAUCUGUCGUUACUGCGUUGUUGUGGGUAUAAUUCGUGGGAGAUUUGGGAGAUGAGUCGACCGGAAAGGGGGGAAUGGAGAAAGAAGGCUGAUUUUUCAUUGGAAGCUCACAAGGGAAGAUUCGAACAAUUAGGUAUCCUACAUGAUAAGUUUUUAAUCCCAGUUGGUCUGGAUCUCGGUCUGGCCUCGACGAUCACCCCUCCAACCAACACUAGGAAGGAGAAGAGCCCGGUGAGAAGCGGCAGGCCCUCCAAGCCCGAAUUUCCCCAAAAAAGGGGAAAAUUACGGGACCACCACCCAAGACGGAAGGACCACCGGAGGCACGCCACAGCGGAAAGCACCGGGAAAUCAGCCACCUACGACCCCAUCCUAGCACCAGAAUCUACGGCGAACCUGUUCAGGGGACCGGAACCGACUUCUCCAGUGGAGAACAACCCUCCUACCGGCAGUCCUCCAAAAAAGGUCGCAGAAUCAGGGCCGCCUUCGCCGAGUAUAUUAGAGAGUGUCGCUGGGAGAGGCGGCGAUUUAGUCUAG